AUGGCUUUAACUUUUUACUUUUGGUUAGGGUUAAUUUCUAUUAAUUCGGUGCUUUUAAAGCCCGGAAGCGCUAGCUUUAGCAAAAAAACCUUAUUGCUUGGCCUUUUUGUUUUAAUAUUAGCGCGUAAAAGCUUAAUAAGCUUCGCUAUUUGGAUUUCCGCUGCUGGGGCUUUAAAUUCGGCCUUAAGCUCGUUGUACGCCGUAAAGCGCAAAUAUUGCUUUAUCGUUUUGUUAGUUCGUUUUGUUUGUUUAUCCGUUUGGGGGUGGUACGCUAUCGAUAAAGCGUGUUUUGCUCCGAAAAGCGCCUUUUUGCGGCAUUUUAUGGUUUGCUAUUACGUGCCGAAAAAAAGCAUAAGCCAAAGCUUUUUGGAUUUAAAAAGUUUAACGACAAAGUCCAUGGUAAUUUUUUGCUAUGCCUUUUUGGGCGCUAGCAAUGGUUAA